ACAGAUCUGGAGGUAUUGGCACAGAAAAAACGGACACUCACUGUAGGAAGAGAAGGAAAAGCGAAACAAUUUAAUCAAAACUAAUCGACAAAAGCGUGACUUGACUCCAAAGACUAAUAGCAAGGUCUACACGACAUACUCGACCACAGCGUCGGACUCCAGUAAUAGCCCAACGGAUGACAGUGUGGGCUAUACUUCGGACUCAAACACUACUGUCCGACAAAUGGGCGACACAUACGACUCGGACCUUAACUCCCAUACCAAACACACCACUCAUGACACCAAUGAUUACCACAAAGACAUCACAGACUCCGAGAUCAUAGACUUCUUGGACCUCAUGAGUAAUGUCCGCAAACCUGUGGGACAGUCGGUGUCCGUCACACCUAUUUAUCGACCGCUUAUGGACUAUAGAAACCAAUUGAAUGACUUAGAGAGCAGUAAACUCCGGGAGCUAUUGACGGCUACCGAUAGUAUCAGGGUAUGGCCGGUGACGGCCUGGGAGGUCCGAAAUAAUUGGGUGAUGUUUUACAAGAUUAACGAGCAGACUAUGAAAAUGAUACAAAUGUCCAAAAGGUUGUCCGCAUUCAAUAGUCUGUGCGAAAAUGAUAGGAUAUCCCUUAUAAAGUACGGGUGCUUUGCACUGUAUUACAUGAGUAUAGUUCCCAAUUAUAACACCGAUAAGGACUGCUGGAGCUUUGAGACGUGUACUAAAGACAAAGUUAAAUUCCCUUUGGAAACAUAUAGGAGUAAACCACUAGGAGUAUAUGAGCAAUAUAAAUUAUUUUAUCAUAAAAUAUGCGGCGAGUGGGAUAUGGAUCCUGUGGUUCUCGACCUGUUAACAGCGAUCAUACUGUUUAACCCAAAUCGGCCUAACCUAAUAGCCAAGCACAUGGUCAAACUGCAACAACACGUAUACAUGUAUUUACUGCAACGCUAUCUACUAUUGAGAUAUCGCACGGAAUUUGAUUCGCAAAAUAAAUUCCUGAAACUAAUCAACGCGUUAACAGAUCUGGAGGUAUUGGCACAGAAAAAACGGACACUCACUGUAGGAAUGGGCACUCAGUCCAUACCCUUUGACCUCUUGAGGGAGAUAUUCGCCGAUAACUCUAAUACGGCAUCUAAUAUACUGGUGUAUUAAUUAAUGGUGUGUUAUAUGUAGUGUGACCAGGUCGAAAUACUUGUAACACUUGACCAUGGUCACGCUAGUUGUAUGUGAU